GAGGAGGCAAUUUCAAACCCGGAUGCGCGAGCCCAGUUGUUAGCUACUUUUUAACGUAUCGUAAACUAAGAAGUUUAACGAGGCGUAUUUUAAAAUCAUUUAGGUUAUCUGGACCACGUCGAGUGAAGAAACUGAACUCUAACAGAGAUGGAAGAAGGAGAGACUGUAUCGAUACUACCCAGAAAAGAGCUGCGUAAGCAGAAGCUGAUGGAAUACCUGGCAGCAAAAGGAAAGCUGAAACAGCCUAACCCUAAGCCAUAUCUCCGGGAUGACAGUCAGGUUAAGAAGCCUGUGACUUCUGCACUAAAGGUUGUUACAGGAAAAGAAAACAAGGCUCCAGCUCAGAUUUUCAGCAAUGACCCCACAAAAACCACAAAGCAGCCUGCCAGAAUGCCGUUGGGCGUCACUAACAAAAGUAAUGUAAAAGAUAGCAUCCUGACUGGACGUAAGAGCAAUCGCCCACCUGCAACAACUGGCCAAGCACAGCCAAACCAUGAUAAAAAUCUUGUGUUCACAAGAAUGAAUUCCGUUGUGUCCUCUAAGUCCAGGCUGAAUGCAGCCAGCCACCUCAAGAAGCGGCCAAACACAGGAGCACAGUCUUUAGGCAAAGCUUCUUCAUAUUUAGCUCAUACUGCUAUGACAAAAUCAAAUAGCAGAUUUGGCAGUAGCUCAAAUGCUGCCUCGUCACUUCCAGUAAAAACAGUUAGUUCCAGAUUGAGUCUUGGCCCUGUUGUCAAAACAAAAACAGGACUUAUCCCGGCAGUGACCCAGCCAAUAAAUGGCCUAAUUCAAAACUUAACACAGACCUCUACCAAAGCAGCUAAUAAGUGUGAGUCCAAAACCUCAUUAUUGGUUUCUGUUUCCACGAAGUCUGCCAAGGCUCAGAGAAAAACAUUACCUACCACUGCUCUUAUAGAUAAAACAACUGUUACUUUGACUGCAAGAGAUGGGAUUAAAGUUCAAGAUCACAACAAGUCUAACUCUAGACCACUUUUGAGUAAACAUUCUCAUCCAUCCUGUAAGAGUCAAUUAUUGAGUGGACUGAAAUCAAUGUCCAGCAACUCCAACUGCACAGCUGCCCCUAUUAAGCCAUUGGGGAGAGUUGGGAUGUCAAAAACGAAUCAAUCAGCUGGACCAACCACCAAGCUGAAAUCUGAGGGUGAAGGGGAGAAAAAUAGGAAACAUUGCAGAGUUCACGCCAGAACGUCCUCAGGACAAGUGGGCCCACGCUGCUCCAGCAGGGUUAUGCAAGCUGCUAUGGCUGAGCUUGGAGGGAAACCCAAGACAUGUAAAGAGACAGAUAGCAGGAAGGGACAGAUUUCAGCAAAUGCCCCACCACCAAAAACUGGUAUAAAAAGAACAGGUGCUUCAGCAUUGCCCCAGACAGUGCCACGGCCUGCCAGGACCAUCUGCUAUACAGGCCAGGCCACAGACAUGAAGACACCAAAGUUUCCAGUCAGUGUCAUUCCCCACACUGAGGGAAAGAAACUGACUGCUGUCCAGGUGGAAAGAAUGAGAAAACUACAGGAAUGGCGGGAAGCUAAGGGGAUUUCCUACAAGCGUCCUCCAAUGCCAGUGAAACCUCAGGUCAAGCGCACUGUGGCUGUGCCCCAGCCUUUCUGGACCACCAUGAAUGAGGAAGACGAAGCUCACUCCCUCAUCUGUGCCGUGGACAGAUCUUUGGUUGAUUGUAUCAAAUUGCUUGGAGAGGGUUGCCCUCCAGACCAGGUGAAGGAGGUCCUCUCACGACUACCAGCUGUGUCCCAGAAGUUUGCCAAAUACUGGAUCUGUCAGGCCCGUCUGAUGGAACAAGAGGGCAACCUUGAUGUCCUUCCUAUGUUUGAAAAGGCUGUUGGUGUUGUGUUGGAGCCAGUGGACGAGCUGCGGACUGUGGUGUUUGAGAUUCUGAAGAAAAAGGACGAGAUCCAAGAAAGUGAUGCAGAGGAUGACCAGAUUUCAAUUCCUGAGAGUAACAACGACCCAAUGAUGACUCCUAACCCUGCCAGAGCCCUCAUUUGUGGGGAGAGAGGAGACUCAUCUGUCGUAAAGUACAAGAUUACAGCAACUCCUGGUGGCCUUCCAAACCAACAGAAAGGACCGGCACGCGUCAACGGCCAGGAGGUUCGCUUCUUCACUCCCGUUAGACGCUCAGUGCGAAUCGAGAGAGCCUCACUCCGAUAUCCUGCGUCCCUCCAGGACCAUGAUCUUUGUGUGGCCUCCUACAAUGACCUCAUCUCCGAGGAGGAGAGAAGAGAAGAACAGCGGGGUGGGGAGGCCAGCCCAUCUGCUAACAGCACGCCAAUGUAUGUCUACAGACAGAACGAAGCACUUCAAGACAAGGUGCUCGUUCAGCUAGUCUACGAUGAAGGCAUUUAGCUUUAGGUGCUAACUUUAGCUUCACCAGUUUGCAGUUGUUAAAUGCAGAUGAUGAUGAAUUUUUAACUGUUCACACAGCAGCAAGAAAAAAAGUAAAAUGUAUGUGUGUACUUUGGUGUUGUCAGAUCUCACCCUUUCUCUGGAAAAGAACCUGACAAUUAGGUAAUGAGCUGUUUUAUAGCAAUAGGAAUUUUUUCCACUUGUGCUUAUCCCUUUGCUCUUUGUAUUAUUUUGUUCCUUCUACUAAUGUGUACAUAGUUAUGUAAAAUAAAUGUGUUUUUUAAACCUAUAAA